UCUUAGGGCAGACUCAAAAGGAAGUGACUUAGCUGUUGUCUAAUAAAAGGGCGGGGCUUGGGGACAUUAUCAGGUCACUUGUGCAUUUCAUUUUGGGUGCAAACCAGGCCCGUGGGAUGCCUCAUACUGAGGGACAAGCGCCCAGGCCUGAGGAAACUGACCAACUGCUGUUUUCCCCAGGUGGCUACUCCCAAUUGUGGAACCACAUGGACUCCAUUGGGCCUGUAGGGUUGUGGCAAGAGGAAGCAGCCCCCGGUAGCCCCCAGGAGGGCUUGCCCUGCUCUCCGGACAGCUCUGAACUGGCGCAGGAAUGCCUGAAUCAAUUCAAGGUGACGAGCACACAGUUGCGGCAGAUCCAAGCCAGCCUCCUGCGCUCCAUGGAGCAGGCACUGACGGGCCAGGCCAGCCCUGCCCCUGCUGUCCGGAUGCUGCCCACAUAUGUGGGGUCCACCCCACAUGGCACUGAGCAAGGAGACUUCGUGGUGCUGGAGCUGGGAGCCACGGGGGCUUCACUGCGUGUUCUGUGGGUGACCCUGACGGGCACUGAGGGGCACCGGAUUGAGCCCCGGAGCCAGGAGUUUUUGAUCCCUCAAGAGGUGAUGCUGGGUCCUGGUCAGCAGCUCUUCGACUUUGCGGCUCGCUGCCUGUCUGAAUUCCUGGAUGCGCACCCUGUGGACAGACAGGGCCUGCAGCUUGGGUUCAACUUCUCCUUCCCUUGUCACCAGACAGGCCUGGACAAGAGUACCCUCAUUUCCUGGACCAAAGGGUUUAGGUGCAGUGGUGUGGAAGGCCAGGAUGUGGUCCAGUUGCUUCGAGAUGCCAUUGAGAGGCAGGGGGCCUGCAGCAUCGAUGUGGUUGCCGUGGUGAACGACACGGUGGGCACCAUGAUGGGCUGCGAGCUGGGGACUGUGCCAUGCGAGGUUGGGCUUGUUGUAGACACUGGCACCAACGCAUGUUACAUGGAGGAGGCGCGGCACGUGGCGGUGCUGGAUGAGGACCGCGGCCGCGUCUGCGUCAGCAUCGAGUGGGGCUCCUUCGGUGAUGAUGGGGCCCUGGGGUCAGUGCUGACCACAUUCGACCGCAUCCUGGACCAGGAGUCCCUGAAUCCCGGUGCCCAGAGGUUUGAGAAGAUGAUUGGCGGCCUGUACCUGGGUGAGCUGGUGCGGCAGGUCCUGGCUCACCUGGCCCAGCACGGGGUCCUCUUUGGUGGCUGCACCUCCCGUGCCCUGCUGAGCCGAGGGGGCAUCCUCCUGGAGCACGUGGCCGAGAUGGAGGACGCCUCGGCUGGGACAGCCCGUGUGCACGCUAUCCUGCGGGACUUGGGCCUGAACCCGGGGGCCUCGGACGCCGAGCUGGUGCGGCAUGUGUGCGUGCGAGCCGCCCAGCCCUGCCCCGCUGCCCUGGCUGCCGUCCUCACCCGCCUCCAGCACAGCCGGGAGCAGCAGACGCUUCAGAUCGCUGUGGCCACUGGAGGCCGAGUGUUUGAGCACCACCCCAGGUUCCUCAGUGUCCUGCAGGAGACGGUGACGCUCCUGGCCCCUGAAUGUGAUGUCUCCUUUAUCCCUUCUGUGGACGGGGGCGGCCAGGGUGUGGCAAUGGUGACCGCGGUGGCUGCCCGCCUGGCUGCCCACCGGCGCCUAUUGGAGGAGACCCUGGCACCGUUCCGGUUGAACCGUGAGCAGCUGGCAGUGGUGCAGGCACAGAUGCGGGAGGCCAUGGUCAAGGGGCUCCAAGGGGAGGCCUCCUCCCUCCGAAUGCUGCCCACUUAUGUCCGGGCCACUCCUGAUGGCAGCGAGCGGGGGGACUUCCUGGCGCUGGACCUUGGAGGCACGAACUUCCGAGUCCUCCUGGUACAUGUGGCCACAGAAGGCGUGCAGAUCACCAACCAGGUCUAUUCCAUCCCUGAGUGUGUGGCUCAGGGCUCUGGGCAGCAGCUCUUUGACCACAUCGUGGACUGCAUCCUGGACUUCCAGCAGAAGCAGGGCCUGAGCGGGCAGAGUCUCCCCCUGGGUUUCACCUUCUCCUUCCCGUGCAGGCAGCUUGGCCUGGAUCAGGGCAUCCUCCUGAACUGGACGAAGGGUUUCAAUGCAUCAGACUGUGAGGGCCAAGAUGUCGUGCUUCUGCUGCGGGAAGCCCUUGAGCGCAGACAGGCAAUGAAGCUGACUGUCGUUGCCAUUGUCAAUGACACAGUGGGAACCAUGAUGUCCUGUGGCUAUGAGGACCCCCGUUGUGAGGUCGGCCUUAUUGUUGGAACUGGCACCAAUGCCUGCUACAUGGAGGAGCUCCGGAACGUGGCAGGAGUGGCUGGGGACCUCGGCCACAUGUGCAUCAACAUGGAGUGGGGCGCCUUUGGGGAUGACGGCUCUCUGGACACGCUCAGCACCUGUUUCGAUGCAAGUGUGGACCGGGCAUCCAUCAACCCUGGCAAACAGAGGUUUGAGAAGAUGAUCAGUGGCAUGUACCUGGGGGAGAUCGUCCGCCACAUCCUCUUGCAUUUGACCAGCCUUGGAGUUCUCUUCCGGGGUCAACAGACCCAGAGCCUUCAAACCAGGGACAUUUUCAAGACCAAGUUUCUGUCUGAGAUUGAAAGUGACAGCCUGGCCCUGAGGCAGGUCCGAGCCAUCCUUGAGGAUCUGGGGCUGCCCCUGACCUCGGAUGAUACCCUGAUGGUCCUGGAGGUGUGCCAGGCUGUGUCCCAGCGGGCAGCCCAGCUCUGUGGGGCAGGUGUGGCUGCCGUGGUGGAGAAGAUCCGUGAGAACCGGGGCCUGGAAGAGCUGACUGUGUCUGUGGGAGUGGAUGGGACCCUCUACAAGCUGCACCCCCACUUCUCUCGCCUGGUGGCGGCCACUGUGCAGGAGCUGGCCCCUUGCUGUGCAGUCACCUUCCUGCAGUCGGAGGAUGGGUCAGGCAAAGGUGCAGCCCUGGUCACUGCCGUUGCCUGUCGCCUGGCCAAGCAGGCCCAUGUCUGAAGAAGUCUCCAGGAACCAGCUGUGCUGGACCAGGCCUGGGGCCCCACUUGUGCCCCAGCCAGGCUCAGCCACCCAGGACUCCCAGAACAGCCCAUGUGUGACCCCUCUGUGGCCACUGACCUCAAGUUCUGGCUUCCCCGAGAGAAGCAGCACUUGGGUUAGCAAUAUAUAUAUAAUUUAUUUACA